UCGGGUAAUUUCGCGCCGUUCCGCAAAGUCUUGUCGCGUCAAUAAAAUUAGCGCGUAGCCAUCCUUACAGUACUGUAAAAAAACACCUUUGACCCUUUUAAUGCUGCAGCUAGUUCACUGGUAACAACAAUGGGCAAAAGGAUAUGCAGAAGCUAUGGGCAGCAGACACACAAAGCUCGACUUUUGAAGAAGCAGUCAGUCAGAACCGCCACGAGCCUCAGUCAUGGCGGCACAGGCGGACCCAGCUUCUUCCAAAGACUUCCAGUAGAAGUGCUCCAUAUAAUUUUGGACCAGCUGUCUGUGCUGGAGAUGAGUGUGUUCAGCAUGGUGUCUAAAGAAAUCACCAAAUACGUUUUGGAUUACAUCUCCUCCCAAAAAUGGAGAAAUAAAACCAUCAUCCAAAGUUUUCAUCCCUCUGCAUGCCCUGAGCAGAAAUGCACCGUGGAACACUACAGACACCUGGGCUUGCUGUACAAGAGAUGUACGCUUUUGCUCCCGACAAAGGACAGAUUGAAGCUUAUCUUUAGCAAGUUUUCACAGAUCCCCUGCUUCAUGUUGGAACAGUGCCUCGUGCCAGGCUGCACUGCGUUUGUCAGCUUUGGUGUCUUCCUGAAGACUCUGAUUGCAGGGUGGGAUGAGCUGGAGUCCCACAGAGUGUUCAACUGCUUGUGCGUCGUCACAAACCUGAUGCAGAAGACUGAAGGAAUUAUUACUGCCAAACCUGGAGUACAGCCGCAUCGGGAGCUGCAGCUUCGGCUUUUCUGCCGCUGCGUUUUGUUGGACCCUUGGGCGAACCAACCAGAGUGUCAGUUCUGGUUAACGCAGCUGCUGAAGCCGUGGCCAAUGGUGAGCCAAGCCCAUCUACUGUUCAUCCUCUAUGGACCCCUGCAGCCUGGAGGCAUCCUUGGCUGGCAGGAUGUGGUGGAGAGAGCUCUAACACCUGGCUCUCUGUGGAGCUUAGCUGAAGCCAUCUCCUUUCUUUUUGGCAAACCAGAACUUAAAGGCUGGACAACUCCCUUGAUGUUUUCUAUCGUGAUGGAGCUAACUGCUGUUCCUGAACCAUGGCACCUGGAGAAUUUGGCUCGUUUUCUGUUACUGUGUGGCAACCAUGUCAGCUACACCGUUCUGGCCAGCAAGGCCCUUUUCGGACAUGUCUCAGAGGUUUCAAGACUCAUCAUCUACAUCAUACUGGUAUGUGAGAAGGACGGCUACCACAUGAGCUGGGUGGUGAAUAUAGUUCAGCAGAUCUUUAAGGUGUUCAGCACAUCGACUGAACGCUUUUUCUUCAUCCAACAUCUGGAGAACUCUUUCUCACAACUCACCAGGGAGAUAUGCGAAUCCAUUGCAGAGAACCAGGCUGAAGACAGAGAGAUGCUGUUCAUCCUCCUGGAAUCCAGCGCUCGCUUCCACACUAAAUUCCUCCACACACUCCUGAAAUAGGAAUUAUGCGCUUGAAAGCGCUGCAACAUUUUACAAAGCUGCCUAAAUGAGCUGCCACUGACACUUUUCUAUACAAAAUCUAUAUGUUUUAAAGUUAAAUUCUUUUUGAAAAGUAACUUUUAUAAACAGUAUUUAAUAUUUAUUGAGUGUUGACAUGGAAAUUAUUUAUUUAAAAAGUUAUUUAUUCUAAUGUUUGAUACUUUCCUGAGGAAAUCUACCCGUGUUUAAGGGGUACUUUGCAUUAUUUAUAUAACUAACAUUUUCUAUUCUUUCUCAAUGUACCUAUGCUUGUUGUUGAUUUUUUAAAGUUUUUACUGCACUCUUUCUUGUGCAAACAAGCUUUUAUUGUCCAAUCUUUUGCUUUGAAAGCAUUUUCAAAAAUGUUCUGGGGACAAAAUGAAUAAAGCUGGUGUUACAUGUCAUGGAAUA